UCCUUGUAAUGUAAGACAGCGCAGGCCCGUGCGUGAUUGGAUCAUUGUGUGAGUUUACAUGCUCUUUGUUACAGGAAACAGUGGCUUGACGCCCUCAGAUGACCAAAUUAGCGCAUCCUGGCAAGCGCUACGUAAUUGCGACCGCGCGUGGCUGUCAUAGCUGCCCGGUGCACACACCCAGAGCGCACAGACAACCACACACACACACACACACACACACACACACACACACACACACUCUCUCUCUUUAAUGGAUUUAACGGGACUCUGAGGCGACACAUCUCUUCCUCCCCUCCCUCUCUGUUUCUCUCUGCCUUUGUGGGAUGCUCGGACUCUCUGGAUGGAUGAGCCCUCGCGUCGGAGUCACCACCAUUACAUCAUCUGUUCCCACACAGCCGAGGACGCAAUGAGAGCUUUUUACUAUUAACCCGGGAUCCCGAUCGUUUAGACUGAGCGGCAGCAUCAGCAGCAGCAGCAGCAGCAGCAGCAGCAGCAGACGCCCCGCUCUCCAUCGAGGACGCUGUGGGGGUAAUAACAACACAUCAGCAAUGUCUGCGGGGAUGAUGGCGUUUCAAUGAGCGGGGAGGAGAGGAGGGGGAGAGGAGGAGAGACGUGCACCGUCAUCAGCAUCUGUCCGCCAGCUCCCUUUGUGUUCACCGGAGAAUGUGAAUGGCGAAAGAUGACAUGGCAGAGGUAGAUUUGGCAGCAAACGGAGCGGAACCCCCCGGCGAGGCCUCCUCGGCGUUUCCCUACGAGGAGUACGAAUGCAAAAUCUGCUAUAAUUAUUUCGACCUUGACCGCCGGGCUCCUAAGAUCCUAGAGUGCCUGCACACGUUUUGCGAGGAGUGCCUGAACACGCUUCAUCUCCGGGAGGAGCGGCCAUGGCGCAUCAGCUGCCCCGUCUGUCGCCACCGGACUCCAGUGCCGGAUUAUCGGAUACAAAACCUGCCCAACAACACCAAGGUGACGGAGGAUUUUCCGCUCUACAUCGACUCGGACCCGCUGCCUCAGGACGCUUUGCCGCCGUACCCUCCCCCGCUGCAUCCAGCCCUCGUCGCCCUCCGUCGGGAGGAGGCGUCGGGGACGUCCAGCGUCAGCCAUGCGACCCCGUCCACCACCGUGUCCACUGCCACGACCCUCUCCCAGGACUCGGUGCGCUACGACAGCUGUCAGAGUUGCAAGAGAGUGGCGCUGACCACCGGCUGCGUCUGUGUCAUCUUCUCCUUUCUGUCCAUGCUGGUGUUGCUCUUCAUGGGCCUGAUCUUUGUGCACAGUCACAGCAUUCCUCCCUCGCCGGCGGGACCCAUUUGCUUGUCGGUAGCCAGCAUCCUGGCCAUGUUCUCGGUGGUCGUCACAUGGCUCAUCUGCUGGCUCAAAUAUAGACCGGACCAUGAGACAGGCCGCUCAUCCGCCACCAGUAACUCCCGGAGAAACGCCUGAUGGCUCUGACUGACUCUUGAUGGAGAGGUUGUACUGUGGCUGUGUGAUUCUGUACAUAAUACUGGCAACUGAUUCUCCUGCUCCCUUUACUUUUUCUAGGAAUAAAUCUCGUCCAAAAUGGCCUUUUAUCAGUAUAGCAAACACCCAAAGGCCUUCAUGUUGUUUGGAGCAAUAGGCCGACAUGAUCCUUGAUAAUCUUUUCCUGAAGUUGUGCAGUUGUACUGACAGUAGGCCCGGCUGACCGGGCGUCCAGAUCAGUGAACUUGUCCCCAAGACUCAGAGCUCUGGUGCUGGUCUCAGCUGUGGUUGGUUGGAAGAAUGUGAAGUGCUUAUUUCCAGGGUUUGACACCCUCCCCACCCUGUCCUGCUAAAUUAUAUGCAUAUCCCACUCUGCCACUCACUGUAUGAUAACUGUCCAUGACAUGACGAUCCACUCUUAUAUCUCAACAAAGCACUAUUGUACUGUACAGAUAUUUGGCCAUGUGCACUUCCAGGUGAGGGGUUUUGGUUUUACGGAAGAAGUUGUGUCCACAAUCCAAACUGUAAAUAGUCCACAGAGAGGUGGUGAGUGCUACUAGAUAGGUGUGAUCAGCCUUUCUCGAAGACCUUCCUAACCCUUGUGCUUUAACUUCUCCUCCAGGACGGCACUGUUUCCUUUAUCACCAUGAAAACUGCACCUCUUCCAGUUUUUUUUGGUGUGUUUUUGAAGGGAUUUUAAGAGAUAACUUGUGAUUUUGAACCUGUGUUUGGCGACAUUUGUGCAUGUUAAGCUCCUGAAAGGUCAAGGCUUGUUGUUUUUAUUUUAUUUUUUACUUUCUAACAGAAGGGACAUUGUGUCUCCUUCCUCGUGUGCCUCACCUUGUUGCUGAAUGAAGUAAAACUUCACUGUAAUCCUCAUCACAAUCAUGCAUGGGGGGGCUCCUGCUGCACACAGCAUCCAGCAUCCAGCAUCCAGCUGAGGUGUUGGCAGGGAUUUCCUCUUUCUCUCACACACACACACACACACACACACAAAAACAGGGUUUCCCAACAUGGAGCUGCCUCAGAAAGUGGCACCUUUUUAUAUCUAUGAAUCAUGUCUUUGCAUCUGGCUUUGAAGAAACGUUGUAGUAGAUACCUGAGGUACAAUCCAUCUUCAAACUCCUUUUCUUUCUUCAAAGCCACAUGUGCACAGUAUCUGUCUCCUGGCGUGGUGAAGAACUUAUAAGAGGAUACAUUUGGUGUCACUCUGGUUCCUCUGAGCUCGUCAGGAGUCGUAAUUACCUCUGGAAACUUAAAGAGCCCCAUGAGCUCCGUGGCUGAGAUUAGAAAGAGGCGUUUAAGAACGAUAAAAACACUGAUUGUGUUAUUUCUGCACUAACACAAUGCAAAUAUUUAUGUACUAAAACUUAAUAAAUCCGGGUUUGUGUUUGUAUCAGAACAGAAACACCGACCUAACGUCUGAGUGACACCAGCUUCAGACGACAUGGUGUAAUCAAAACGCUAACUUGUUACGAACAUUACUGUGAAACAUAAAUCCUGUGUAUAUAAUCGUUGCUACAAUCUAUACACUUACUUAUUUAUUAUUCCUCAAUAUGGCAAAAAAGUGAUACCUUAUAUGUGGUGCAGUUGACGACCCUCAUAUUGACAGAUGCAUCAUGGUCUGUGGAGCAUGUGAGUCGCUCCCUGACCUCCCUAUCAGCAUUUACUACAGAAUUCGGAGACGAUUCGGACACCAAAGUGGUUCGACCUUAGCACUUGUUGCCCUUGCACACUCAUGGUAUCCCUACCUCACUGCAUGGGAUAAAAAGGCAAAAAACAACCCAACAUAAUUCUGCACCCUCCAUCUGACUCCCAUGCUUGCUUCAAUCAUCCCGCUCGACCUUCUCCCAACUCUUAGACGAUGCACUUUCACCCUCUUAUUUGAUACAAGUAACGGGGUGCACCUUUGUUCAGUGUAAGCAUAUUGUAUUUAUUUCAGAGGACCUAGAAAAUGUUGUUGGUUUUUAAUGAGAAUCUGUGGUUGUUGUCAAAGUACCAAACGUAUUUGCACAGAGAAAUGUUCUUUAUGUGCUGUUUUACAUACAUAAACACAUUUCAGUAAUAAAGGAAACAUGA